AUGGUCAACGAUGCCGGAGCUGUAGUCCAAAAAUCCUGCUACACAGCAAUGGCUACCGGUUUCGAGGAGCUGAUCAAUCGGUUUUGGAGCUGCGAAGAAUUGGAAACCAGCAACAACUAUUCCCCAGAAGAGGAGAGAUGCGAGGAGCAUUUCAAGCGAACCGUGCGGAGAUCCGAAAAUGGACGGUAUACCGUGUCGUAUCCAAGGAACCAUGAAAAAUUAGUCGAAUUGGGCGAGUCAAGGGACAUUGCGCUUCGACGACUCUUAUGGUUGGAACGUAGACUGGAUAGGGAUCCAGAGCUACACGAACAGUACAAGCAGUUCAUGGUGGAGUACGAACAACUCGGGCACAUGCGCAAGGUGGCCGAUACAGGGAAAGAGAGUUCCCUCCAAAGGUGUUUCCUUCCACAUCAUCUAGUUGUCAAACAGGACAGCAAAACGACCAAGGUUAGAGUCUUGAUGCAUCAUCCAAAACACGUUUAG